AUGUCGAACACAAACGCCGCCGCCGCGCGCUCCAGGUACGGCCGCCGCAACCAGCCAAACAACACCCACGCGUCCGCAGCAACCACCACCCGCGCUGGCCUCCGCCGCAACUCCGCUCCCAACCCUCGUCUCCUGGCCGAACUUGAGACGUACCUCAAUGGUCCGGUCAACAAGGAUGUAGAAGACCUCGGAUCAUUCUACUGGCACGGGAGGUGGGUCGCCAUCCAGCGGCAUGAGUUGGGCAUGAUCUGGGGCUGCCGCUGCCGCAAUGUUCCUGAGAUCCAUCGACUUAUGAUCUCCACCACGUGGGGUGGUAUCUUGGCGGACGACGUCUCUGAUGAGCGCCGGGAGGCCAACGGUAACAGGGGCACUGUAGCCGCUCGAACAGCGCAGGUACAGGCAAGAUCUUCGAAGGCCGUUGCUGCGCGUGAGGCAGCCGGAUAUCCUGCUGUGGCGCGCGUGGACAUGGACAUCGACACUGCCGAAGAAGCGUUACGCCCAAUCAGAGGCGGUGACCUCGCAGCACCACUCGCCCCACGCGCGAGCACGCCACGACAUCCCUACGCAUUGAGCGAUGAACAAGCUCCAAUGAGCGAUCGCCUCGCCCGGGACUUCGCCAACGCAGACAGAGCCACAAACAUCUUCCUUACAGACGUGCAAGGCAACUUCCUCGGUGCGUGGCCCAAGCAACAGAAGCCACACACCUACGAUCAGGCAACUUGUGGUGUCGAAGGAUUUGCGGGAACCCGCGCAUACCAGUCUCCUGGCAUCGGUGCUCUGGAGCCCAUGGGGCUGUGGAAGUACCGAGAGUGGCUGGUAAAGCGGAACGAUUUCCGGCUCACCAAGGCGGGUUGCGAUGACGAGGCACUGCGGAAGACGGUGCUGGACCAGUGCCUGGAGACUGAUGAUCUAAAUUGGCGCUAUGUGGAGGAGGCCUGGCGGCGCCUUGGGGAUGGGGGACAGGCAUUGCCUGAUGGGUUCGUCGACUCAGCGAACGAGCCUCUUGAGGAGGCUGACGAUGCGGACGUGGACAUGACGAGCCCGGUCUUGGAGGACGAGAGCGAGGUGGAGAAGACGUUGACAGAGCGGGGCUUUGACGCUGACGAUGAGCGUACGGCAACCGCACUUGAGGAGGAAUCCGACAGUGAAGGGGAGUAUGAAGAUGGUGAGCGGACCUUUCUCAUGCAGGGAAAAUUUUGA